AUGAAGCUGCUGAGAGUCCUUGUGCUGAUUGCCCUCCCCCUUUACUGUUCUGCAGGUUCUGGAUGCUUACCUCUAGAAGAGGUGAUUAACAAAACAAUCGAUUCUCAAGUAAGCGUGGAAGAAUACCAAAAUUUACUUAAACCCUACUCAUCUGGUCCUGUGACUGACCAGGCCCUAGCACAACUGAAGCAAUGUUUUCUCAGCCAGUCAAAUGAAACUCUGAACAAAGUCGGAGCGAUGAUGGUAACUAUGGUUUCUUCUAAUGAGCUUUAA